AGCGCCGUGGCCCGUCCGACCGAAACAUCACUCUCUGGUUCGUUCUUCGAUAAUAUUCAUAGUCUCGCAUGAUGUUGUCUGCUUCGCCGGCAACAAUUCCUGCUGAGACGAGUGCGACACAAGAUGGAUGAAAUGGCGCCGACUUCGAGAAAGUCCAAGACCACUUGUAUGCAAUGUCGCGCUCGGAAGGUGCGUUGCGACGGGCGUCCCAACUGUUGUCGCAACUGCGAACGCUUGAGGUUUGACUGUUCAUUUCAACCGAGAGACGCUGGUGUUUCGGGCGAUUCGCCAUCAGGCGACCAAUCACUCGUUCAGCUGGAGCGACGACGCGGGAUUCGCGCCUGCACAGAAUGUCGUUCUCAAAAAAUCCGAUGUGGCGGGGAGUCUCCUGCGUGUUCCAACUGUCUUCGAAGGAAUCGACCUUGUGUCUAUCCCGCCCUCAAGCGGCCGCACCGGACGCCACAAACUUCUAGCUUACCAUCACCUGCCGUGUCGCAGCGCCCUGAGAGUCAACUGCAAUUCCCAGCCCAGUUGGAGCAGUCGGCUAACGAAGCCAGCCAAACCCCUCUGUCGAACGAAGGCGCUUUGCCAGACCGCCAGGAAAUCAUUUCUUUAAUCGAGGCUUAUUUCCAGCACAUAUACGCCCUGCCGUGGUAUGCAUUCUUGCACAAACGAUCGGUGAUGCAAAGAUGCCAUGAAGGGGCGAUUGAAGACUGUUUGACAUUUGCAAUCUGUGCCGUAACCACUCAGCGUCUCAAGAUUGAGCCGUACGCGCGGGAAUUGAGUGCCCAAUGGGCCCAGAAAGCCGAAGAUUUCUUGUUGCAAAACUUGGAAAGUCCUUCCACCUCACGACUCCAGGCUCUCAUCUUGAUUGUGCGAUACAGGGUGGAAGUCGGCCACUUCUCGAGGGCUUUUAUGCUUGCUGCAUUGGCUGGUCGGUCUGCCGUCGCCCUUCGGUUGAACUACGAACGCCCAGAACUGCGCUUCCUGGCUCAAGAAGUCCGUCGACGAUUAAUGUGGUCAUGUUUCGCCCUCGAUGGCAACUUCUCUGUGGGACUGCGAGAAUUCGAAACGUGUCCGCCAGAGAAUGUCUUCCUUCAACUUCCAUGUCCAGAAACGGCAUUUGAGCAGGAUGCACCAGUGGAAACAGCCCCAUUGAGGGCGACCUCUUUCGACAGGCCCGAGCGCAUUGGCACGUAUGCUGCAUGUAUAAGACUUGCAGCCAUAAGAACAGACAUCAUGAGACUGACGCGCCGGCUUGCAUCCUCGGUGGUCCCACCUGGGGAGCUCAUGCAUACAGUGCGGCGAUUUGAAGAUGAGUUGCAGCACCUAUACCGAAGCCUUGCCGACUCUGAUCGAUACAACCCCAAAAUAUUCUCAUACUGUGAAAGACCGGCUAGAAUCCUCAUGGUGCACGAAUGCUGGCACCAAGCAUAUACUGACCUGUACCGAAUUUUUUUGACAGGGUACCGCGAGGCCGCUCCUCCCUCGGCCAUGGAAGGCAUCAAUCGUGAAGACAUCCUUCGACGGCGUACUCUGUGUUUGAACCACGCUCUGUCAAUCGUCCAGAUCUUUGCAGCUUUCUCAGAGCAAUGUAAGGUUUUGACAAUUGACUUUGACACUGCAAUAUGCGCAUACCAUAGCGCUCGGAUCAUCCUCUUUAGCGCUCAAACAGAUGUCGUCACCCAAAGUCUGAGUAUGCCUGCCGCUCUGGAAAAGGCUCGUUUUUGUCAGUCUAUCAUGAACAGGUUCUUCCGUACCUCUCCUGUAGUCGAGCCAAUGAAGAGGGAACUCGAGAUGCUCAUCGCUCGCCAUUCGUCGCAGAACACCAACGCCGGUAUACAACUACCUCAGCCCGAAGAAGUAUUGGAGGACCAUUUAUCCAGACUUGCAGAUGAAGCGAGGACCAGACAGCGCCUGGCAAUUCAUAGUCUGAUAGGCCGAGCAGAUUUUGUUGACGACAGCAAUGAAGUGACCAGUCCUGCACCACCGCGAGACCAUAAUUCCAACGGCAAUUCGACCGGCUCCUUGAGACCGCAACGCCAACGCCAGCUAAGAAAUACUAUGAAUGCCAAACCCAAUCCUCAAAUCCUCCGCUCUCAGAGUGUCCCUGGAGCAACCCAAGCGGCACAGUCUAAACAGCCUGAUGGAAUCAUUGAAAGCGGAAGCAAUGAGCCGACAAAUUACGCCCAAGAAGAUCAGAGCCAGUGGCUGGACGGCAUGCGUCUCGCCUUUAAUCCUUGGAUGGGAUGGCCCGAAACGUUAGAAACAUAUGGAUUUUCUCAGGAUCUUGACGAUGAAUACUUCUAGCCAAUAUUUUCUUCGAUCUAAUUUCACCACAGUCGACACCAGCUUGCUUCUUAUACCCACAAAAUCAACCAGCGCCUUCGCUAACAAUAACGUCAACAUGUUACUCUUGUAACGCCGCCAGCUCAAAGCCAAGUCACGGCAACUUGACGUAUGUAUGACCCUCAUACGAUACCUAUGGGCUUCGGCGCCUUUUCUGCUUUGUUGAGUAAGAACAUGAGGGUCACUAUGAGUUUCCCAACUGCUGAAAACAAGACCGAGGUUGCCGGGCCUAUGCCGCGAUAUAUGCCUGCGCCAAAGAAGGCUCCGGCCACAAGGGCAGCAAGAAAGCUCGCUCGACGAUUCCGAGGGCGAUUCUUUGCCGCAAACAAACGAGGGUCGAUUAGCAGAUCAACCCAUGCCGCUGUCGCCAUUGCCGUGCUGAUUUCAGUUAUUGCCAACGCUCUCGAUAGGACGACCUGACUGCCGGCGGCAAAGGCCAGCAAGCCGAUGACCACCAUGGUUUUUGUGCCUUCCAGCUCAAUGCCAUAGGCGUAUUGAAUCGCAGCCGCUAUGAAGACGAGUAUGGUCUGGAUCAAGUUGCAAAAUACGAUCCAAAGACGAGAUCGCGGCCCAAUAAUGUGACCCAGUUGACCUGUUAUCCAUCCUGCGGCGAGGAAGAAACCCAGGGCGACCCCGAUGUUUUCCGUCUUGAAUAACUUGCCAGUCAGAUCUGGGAGGAGGAUUGCCAUUGCGAGCAUGACCGUGUUGCCCGUCUGGUUCGAGGCGAAGCAAUGGUAGUCUGGGAAGGUCGUUGCGUCUUGCAUUCCCGUACAGAAGGUGAGGAUUAGGAGUUCGGUCUCGGCGAGAAGGUUGACUUCGACAUGGCCUAUCAAAUGUUGUUUCAGCCGUGUCGCAACUGUUGUUCGUUGCGGUUCCUUGACUGCGAGGUCGACCUGUGCUGGAUGGUCCUGCUCUUUCGAUUCACUCGAGACGCUGCUAUCAUCAUUGAUGGGAGCCAUCACUGAAAUGAAGCGAGCAAAACAGGUGGCUUGAGAAGAGAUCAACGACUUGAGAAACGGGUCCUGAAAUGGCUUGCCAGUGGAAGAAGAAAGAAUUGUGUCUCUCGAAAGCAGACAAAGAAUCCGCCAGUAUUUGUGGAAACGACACACCGGCAUUCCAAGCGCUCGGAAUAUGACUUUGCUGGGCUCGCCCCUCCCUGCGCGGCCAUGGUCCCAUCAUCCUGCAAGGCUUCGGGUGUCCUCUCACCUUCGAAAUGUCCUAGCCGACAGUCCGAAGGGAUAUCUGACAAGGAUACGGUCAUUUACAGCACCAUUACAACAAGAGCCAUCCGUCAAUACCAGAGCCUUGCGCUCUAGGCGAAUCACAUCGAGGGCCGACUACCGCUCCGAAAUGCGACUUUGCCACCCGAUACUUCGAUUGUCGGGCUGCACAGUCGUUGGCAUCCCGCCUAGAGCCCGUCCGACUGCCGAGCGAUACACCGACUACCGUAGCAUAACUUGCAACUGACCUCAUCCUAUGAACUGUGGUUCGACUCUCUCCUGGCCUCGAGGAUCGGAUCGCCGGAUGGCUGAGCACUCGCAAGACUUCGAUUGCUCGAUAGCCGUGCCUUGGCAUUCAGUCCAGAGAAGAGUAAAUUUUGGUCUCAAAUCAACAAGAGUUCACGGUCGCAGUCUCGAUCCCAAUGAGGGAUAACAAAUGCAGUCAUCGACAAUGGCAAGAUAUCCCAAGCGAGGGUGUUUUCGCAAGCCGAUGUGAUUGAUGCAAAGACGACAAUCGAAACCGGGUUGAGGCAUUGACUGCCUAUUCCAGGGGGUGGUGCGACUCGGUCUACUGGGCGGCCCAUUGCUAAAAGAAAGUUGGUCGACUCACUCACUGGCUCCACGUACAGUGAUUGUUUGUCUCAACUUAAUGUAUGGCUCGGAUUUGUCUCCGCCUUCCGUGGUACAGAGCAUCAACUUGCAUGCCAGGGAAUCAAUCACCAAUCUCAAUGCAGAGCAAGGGAUAAUGGCUGCAAGGAGCAAUCGCUUGCGUAACCGCAACCCCAUAUCUGCACUAUCGAGCAGAACAGGGGCGACCUAGAAGUCAGAGAACGGCAUAAAGCCGAUAUAGAGCGACACGACCCUCUUACCAUUGUCCUGCCGGGACAGACUAGCAACCCACAGUUGCUGCCCCAUUCCUACAAGAAGGUUUGAAUAGUACUUCAGCCGAUCUUCUUGGACAACCAAGAUCAAGGAUGCGGUUGCGUGGCGAGCUACUUGAAAAGCGUCGAGACAAAAUAUCUCAACCAGACCAAAUCCUUAUGGACUGCAACCUUCAGGGCGCCGGUCACCCCCGCAGAAUAACGAACUGCAAAAAGGAGUUGGGUGUCGAUGAUUUCUUGCGACCAUAGAAGUCUCCUUGCAUUCAUUUUUUGAUUUUCGCAAGAUGGUCACAGGACCAGAAGCUGAUGGCUCAGUGAACGCAUAUGGGACCUUUUGUCUAAAAAAGAUGGUGAAACGCGCACCGCCGAGUCUGCCUGAACUCCACAGCGUCCGGUCUGCUUCCUGCUUAAUGGAGUACCGAAGGAGCAGAGCCCCAGAGAGCAAAAGAUUUUCCUUCUAAGCAGAGACUUCGGCAGUCGGGGUCUCUAUCGGCAGUCGCAGUGACCGGCUACACGGAUUACAGUGGACACAAACUUAGUCGCCGUUGAAAAUCGAGAAAAUUACGAUGUACCCGCCCCAGGCCUGAGAAAGACUGAGUAAGUCGACGUGGGCUUCCAUCCAUGGCAAAGGCUGCCUGUAAAGGGGGGCUUUCCUCCCAGAUAUGGUACCAGUCGACCAUCGCCUUCGUCAUUCCCCGAGUGUCGCCGUGAGAGUUUGCCACACCAUCAACCAGCCUCGACUCAACACUCCAUUGUUCUGACUUUGUAAUGACAAGUGGAAACCUGGAGCGAGCGGGACCGGAGGCACUUUGGUUACCAAGUCAUGUUGGGGGACCAGACCAACGAAUGUGGGCGACUCUUGUCGAAUCAACAGGUUGCUUCUGCUGGGCAUCGAUCAAGUCGCGUGAGCAUAUCGGCAAGCCGUCCACUGGGGUGUUUGCUCUGAGAGAAAUCUUUUACCCGUCUGUUUGAGAAUCUUGCCUCCACACUCGGGAGUCGCUUUCAUCGAAUGUGUUCUGGUGGCCAUGCCUGCUGCCAGUGAGCGGCAUCCUUCUGUUCCUAUCUUUGCAUCGAGUUUUUACUCGUUUUCACCCAGCACAUGUUUCUUUCCAUGAUACUUAUCUUUUAAGGGGGGGGAUGUUCUUGAAAACGAAGGCAGUUUACCCGUUUUGCACAAAUGAACUUGGAGCCGGGCAGAGGAUGUUGUACAAAGCCUCGAAAGAAGAGGGCCGUGGCUCCCAACGAAGGAAAAGGAGAGAUAACAGGCUCUACAUUACCAGUAUCCCAAUCUGGCAGUUUUUGCGGCUGGGGAUUUGAGUUCCCAGUAUUCCCUUCUUCGUGUACAGAUUCGACGCUCGCCAGCCUGGAGGGAGUAACGUGGAUGUAUAGUGGAAUGUCCAGUGUACAUAUUGUGGGAGUUGGAAUAUCGAGACAAGAGAGGGAUGGAUGAUGAGUACAUAACAGACAUUGAUUCUUCCUACAUGAUCAUUACUUUCGGGUAGUCAUUCAGCUAUAUGUCUUUCAUUCUA